AUGGCCAAAUCUGUUGCUUUAGUCGCCGCUCUAGUGGCAAUGGUUAUGGCCGUCGAAUUUGCAAGCAUUGCGGAUGCAAAAUAUAACAGCUACCUGAGGGUGUAUGAGGAGCCAGGGUGUCGCGGCCGUUCUGAGAAGUAUGAAGCUUGUGGUUGUCACAACCUGGAAUUCAAUGGUGGAUACAAGUAUGAUUAUAACGAGAAUCAUGACGCAGACUCGAGGAUGGUAGUGUACAAGGGCUAUAACUGCGAGGGAUAUGGUCGCGCGUUGCCUCAAGUCGAUAGGAAUCGCUGCUGGCCCUUCCAAUUCAGGAGCGUCUACAUCAAGUGCUGA